GAAUACAGGGUAAAAAACGACUUUCAACAAAUCGAAACAUUGUUUUUAUUUUCAUUGUUUUUGUUUUGAAGAAUUUUUUAUUUACAAAUUCACCCAAAAAAAAGUAUUCUUCACAUCGGCUAUAUAUAUUUUUGUCGAAUCAAAUCCAAAUGUCUUCAGUAUUUAGUAUAAAAAAUCUAGUCCGUACAUUAUCAUUAUCAGUACCAUUAACAUUAAUAUUUUUUGAUAAUAUUGCCUAUAUUGCACGUGUUGAUGGUGUUUCUAUGCAACCAACAUUAAAUCCCUGUGAUUAUGAUGAAAAUAAUUUCAAUGAUAAUGAUAAUACUGAUGGAUCGAUAAAUAUUAAAAAUUUAUUAUUCAAUCGUUUCAAUUCAUCCGAUUUAAUAUGGUUAUCACAUUGGGCAACACGUAAUUAUCAAAUUGAACGUGGUUAUAUUGUUAGUUUAAUAUCACCGAAUAAUCCAAAUCAAAUUAUUAUAAAACGUGUAAUUGGUGUUGAAGGUGAUACUGUUGUUACAAGAAGAAAUUUUAAAUUCGAAACAAUACGUAUACCGAAAGGACAUUGUUGGGUUGAAGGUGAUAAUCAUACGAAAUCAAUGGAUUCAAAUAUAUUUGGUCCAGUUUCGGUUGGUUUAAUAACAGCACAAGCAAAAUAUAUAAUAUGGCCACCAAAACGUUGGCAAUCAUUAACAAAACAAAUGCCUAAUGAUCGUAUAUAUGUAGUUGUUAAAGUUAGUAGUAAAUCUUUUAAAUUUCCAAGUAUAAUAUUACCAGAUCCUUGUAUAAUUGAAUUGAAUGUUGAUCCAUUAUCAUCAAGCAUUGUACAGCAUCAUCAUUCGCCAUCCAGCACAUCAUCAUCGUCUAAAUUGGGUUUGAUAACAACAAUUUUGGAUGAAGAUUCAUUCUAG